AUGUGGAAUUUUCGGAUCUUUUCAUUUACAUUCACAUGCAAUCCAAAUUGGCAAAAAAUUAAAAGAUUGUUUGAUCCUCUAAAUUUGAAUCUACAAGAUAGACCUGAUAUCAUUGCUAGAAUUUCUAAAAUGAAGUUUGAUAAUCUUCUAGCGGACAUGACCAAAAAAGGUGUUUUAGGCAAAGUUCUCGCAUAUAUGUACACAAUUGAGUUCCAAAAGAUUGAUUUGUCACAUGCACACAUUCUUAUUUUCUUGCAUCCAUCAAAUAAACAUCCCGCUCUUGAAGACAUAGACAAAAUGAUAUAUGCUGAAGUUCCAUAUCCUUUGAAACAACCAAAAUUGUAUAAUCUAGUGAAAAAUCACAUGGUCCAUGGACCUUGUGGGUUAGCAAAUCCAAAAUCCCCUUGCAUGAAGGAUGGUAAGUGUUCCAAGUACUAUCCUAAGAAGUUUCAACAUGUCACAGUUGUUGAUCAAGAUGGAUAUCCAAUUUAUAUAAGGAGAGAUCAAGGUAAUGCAAUUGAGAAAAAUAGAGUCACGCUACAUCGCGGUCAUGGUGUACCACACAACCCAAGUUUACUGAUGAAAUAUGAGACACACAUUAAUAUGGAGUGGUGCAAUCCAAGUACUUCAAUUAAAUAUAUAUUUAAGUAUAUCAACAAGGGUUCUGAUAGGAUCUCACAUGUUAUUGCUCAAAAUAACACUGGAACUGAUGGAAAUAUUGAUGAAAUCAAACAGUACCUUGAUUAUUGA